CUUUGAACACUGAAGUGUUAAUGCACACAUGUGAUGUGGUAGUCUUAUUGUCUUGAUAUCUCAACUUGACUGCAUGUAACAGUUUUGGCGUUUCCAAUUUUUGCUUUUUUCUCUUGGAUAUAAAUGACGGAUUGCCAAAUGGUUUCCUCAGAUUUUACAGCGGAUGAGAAGAUGGAGAUUGAAAGCAUUAGGACGUAUAAGGAAACCCUUCUGGAUGAUAUCCAGAAGUUAAAGAUGGAGAUAGACAACGUCAUGGCAGAUAUACUCAGCUUUGAGUCGUCAGAGGAAAACAGCAAGACCAUAGAAAAGAGCAAACAGUUGUCUGCAAAUGGGAAGAAGAAAUUCAACAUGGACCCCAAAAAGGGCAUCAAUUACCUGGUAGAGAAUAAGCUGCUGGAAAGAAGUGCUCAAUCCAUCGCUGAGUUCCUCUACAAAGAGGAGGGACUCAACAAGACAGCCAUUGGAGAAUUCCUUGGAGAAAGGGAGGAGCUCCACCUCCAGACCCUGAAGGCCUUCGUGGAGCUGCACGAGUUCUCCGACCUCAACCUGGUCCAGGCCCUCAGACAGUUCCUGUGGAGUUUCCGUCUGCCUGGUGAAGCCCAGAAGAUCGACCGCAUGAUGGAGGCCUUUGCCACGCGCUACUGUGACUGCAACACUCAUGUCUUCCAGUCGACCGACACAUGCUACAUCCUGUCAUUUGCCAUCAUCAUGCUCAACACCAGCCUCCACAACCCCAAUGUGAAGGACAAGACCACUCUGGAGCGUUUCUUCUCCAUGAACAGAGGCAUCAACAACGGGGAGGAUCUACCGGAAGACCUGCUUUCGAAACUGUACGAGAGCAUUCGCAACGAGCCUUUUAAAAUCCCAGAGGAUGAUGGGAAUGAUCUGACUCACACCUUCUUCAACCCUGACAGAGAAGGCUGGCUCCUUAAACUUGGAGGUCGAGUUAAGACGUGGAAGAGGCGAUGGUUCAUCCUGACUGACAACUGCCUCUACUACUUUGAGUUCACCACUGAUAAAGAGCCCAGAGGCAUCAUCCCUCUAGAGAACCUUUGUGUGAAAGAAGUGCCAUAUCCUCGCAAACCGUACUGUCUGGAGCUGUACAACCCCAACAGUCGAGGGCAGAAGAUCAAAGCGUGUAAAACAGAGACAGACGGCAGAGUGGUGGAGGGGAAGCACCAGUCCUACACCAUCUGUGCUCCCAGCGCCGAGGAGAGAGACUCCUGGAUCGAAGCCAUCAGAGCGAGUAUUACCAAGGAUCCGUUCUACGACCUGGUCUCAGUCCGUAAGAAGAAGGUGAUUAACCAAGCUCCUCAGGACUGAGCUCUCCAGUGCUCCCCAUGGACGUUUAUAGUACUGCCCCACAGCGGGAUUCAGCCUCCCUUUAAGUUGUGUUAAACACCGCGCAACAUGACUGAGCGAAGACAACGGAAGCUAGACACUGACAGUGGUCGUUUAGGCUAUAGGAGGGACUUCUCUUUCCACUUCUCUUUUUACAGACUAAACUAAACAGUGUCAAAGGGUGAAAACGAGCCACAAAGAAUGUGUGGAUACAUCUUGUGCCAUAAGAAGUGGAUUUUUGGUUGCCUGCUCCACAAGAUUUAGUUUCUUGGAUUAGGAAGAUAAAUUAAGCAAGUGAUGUCCCGGGAGGUCUACUGUCUGCAUGCCCUCUCAACGUCUGUCCAGUGGAUCAAUAUUUCCUGCAUGAAAAGAGUUCUACAUAAUAUGCUACUGUUCCGGUUAUGUGUCAUUAGAGGAGUGUUGCUAAUGCUUCAUUUUGUAAAUACAGAUAUUUUUUCAAGCAUUUAGGGGAAUUCAUUUUUUGUUUCUUGUUGGAAAGUUUCUCGUACUUUAUAGUGACAUAGAAUCUGCCUUAAAAUGCAGAAAACUCGUUCUAAUCAGACCAAUGAUUUCACUUACUACACUUAUAGCACAGUGCAAUAAGGCAAGGCAAGGCAAGGCAAGGCAAGGCAAGGCAACGCAAGGCAAGGCAAUUUACAAAAUUAAAAACAGAUAUGAAUCAGAAUACAGGCAUAAAAUUCACAGCACAGUACAAUGAAUUAAAAAUAGGCAACGUCAAAAAGAGAGGUAUUCAGCCUUGAUUUAAAAGAGCUGAGAGUUGUUGCUGACUUCCAGUCACCUGGACGUUUGUUCCAGAUAUGUGGAGCAUAAAAACUGAACACUGCUUCCCGCUUUUUGGUUCUGAUUCUGGGGACAGCAAGCAGGCCUGUCCCAGAUGAUCUGAGAGGUCCGGCUGGUUGAUAGUUUACAAGCAGAUCCGAAAUCUAUUUUGGCCCUAAACCGUUUAGUAAUUAAUAAACCAGUAGAAGUACUUUAAAAUCAGUUCUUUGAGGCACUGGAAGCCAGUGUAAAGGGUUCAGAACUGGAGUGACGUGAUCCACUUUCUUUGUCUUAGUGAGGACUCGAGCAGCAGUGUUCUGAAUC